UGUGAUCUUUACCAGUCCCUUUAAUGCCUAGAUAUUAAACAGUCCCUAGCCCUAUAUAGUCAUACUAUAGAUCUAUGAUUCAUUUUCUACUACAUAGCUAGCCUGGCACACCUACUAUGCUUUGAUGGAUGAUUACACUAGUUUGACAUUCCUUCUGUUUGUGGGGACAUUCACCAUAGCUGUAAAAGCCCAGCAGUUUAUAAUUGAGCCUGAGUCAGUGGUACAAGCCGAGGGAUUAUUGGCAGAGUUUGAGUGCCUGUCUCCUAGAGCACUAGCUCAUAUUUGGUUUGUAAAUGGCAUAGCGUCAACAAGCCUUACAUCUGAAAUCAGAGUAGUUGAAGGAAGUGAAGGUCGUCCCUCACUGCUGACCGUCCCAGCUAGCUCACAGUUUAACAACAGUGUCAUUCAGUGUGCAGCAGCUUCAGUGAGUGGUGCAGUGUUCUCAAAGAAUGUAACAUUAAUAGUUGAGCGUGUAAUUCUUGUGGUGUUGAAUGGUGAAACUAAAAUUACUGUCUCCGUAAUGAAUAAUUUCACUAUGAAUAACCUUACCUUCCGUGUGGACAUCUCCCUGGUGCCUCUGGUCACCAAUGAGAUGGUUGCACUUCCUCCUCUAAAUGGGAUUCAAAAUCAAGUGCAGUUUAAUUAUCAACAACUUAAGGACCACACUGUCUGUGAUACAUUCACCUUCACUGUGACUCCAUUUAGUGAGUCAGGAGUGGAAGGAAAUAAGAGUGAACCGGUCACUGGGUUCUUUACAACAGUAACAGAUAAUAACGAUGUCACUCCCCUCAUCAGUCAGGGAGGAAAUGUAUCGAGGAAAAUAGUACAUCUCGGUAGUAUGGUACCAAACUGUACCAACUUCACCUCCUACCAAGUGACCUCUGACAUAUCACCACCCAUCAAUAAGACCAUCGAAGAUCCCCAAAUGAUCAAUGUCUCUCUUCCCACUGACCGAAUAAUCAUAAUCUCCGUGACGCUUUCUUCGAUUAUGGGUGUGCGCCUCAUAUUCAAGGACAUGCUAAUCAGAACAACUGAUGUUCAAAAUUUGAUUGUGGGCGUUUGCCCUAAAGAAAACUGUGCAAGUAUUGAGUAUGUUGAAGGUACCCUCUCUCCCGGAGCUCUUGUGUGUGUGAUACGUAUCAUUGAUGGAGAGUUGGAUUUUCAAAGCAUAAGACUAGUGCCAAUUCGACGGAAUAUGAGUGACAAUUUUACCAUCCCGGUGGCUGUUAGUGGAAAGUACAGUGUGGUUGCAUUUGACCUUGAGAACAACAAUAUGAGUGUACCUAGAAUACCCAUUUCCAUAGUGGCCGACGAUGAAACUACGUUUUUAAGCAAUGAAUCUUCCACUGAACCAAAUUCUCCACUUAAUUCUGAGGGCAUCACUGUCACUAAACUAUCAAACGGAAGUGCUGAAGUGACCUGCACUACCACUGGCCAGAGUUGUCUAGCGUUGUUUCAAUCUAAAACCUCUCCAACCUCUCUUGACCCGAUGGUGAUGAUUGGUUUUAUUGAACCACCUAAUGACAGAACCACUGUCACUCUUAGUACCACUUCCGAUGUUUAUGAGGUAGUGUACACUUGGAACAGUGAUUCUGGUGAGACCAUCUUUGAUGGGAAGGUAUCCUUGAUUAGUCAAUUGGAGCUACCAACCACUCCUCCCCCUACACAAUCACCUCCUGAUACUACUGGAACUCCAGUUCCAUCGCCCAUGAUAGUACUAAUAGCAGGUAUCAUAACCGUGGUCGUGGUACUGCUUCUCCUGAUAGUCACCGUAACUAUUGUUGUAGCCGUGGUUAUUGUGAAGAGAAAACAAAGAGUUGAGGUUCCAGAGUCAGAUGGAAGAGUGGAUUGGUCAUCAACAUUUGCAGGAAUUGAGCAGCCCAACGAAGCUUAUGCUUCAGUAUACUGACGAGGAACAUUGCUUAUGAGCAGACAAAGAAACCGCGGGGACAAAGGAUCGAUGACUCACAAGCCCCGGCAGCAACAGAGGGAGAGUAUGAAAGUAUUGAGCCAGUUCAUGAGUACGAGGAUGUGUUGCCUCAGGGAAAAGCAAGUCGUGCAAAUUAUGUUAACAUUAACUGACAGAUGUCCACAUUUAUUUUUAUCCCACACAUUAAUUUGUAUACCGUAUUAGCGGGAAAUUUUCGCCGGUGCACAUUUUCACUAUUUGCAUGGCUACAGAGCCCUCUCAGCAGAAAUUUUCAUGGGUUUAACUUUUAGUA